AUGCUUCCACUUCCGCGGCAUCUCUUCCCCUCCACCACCUCUAACUUCUUUAAAUUCCCUAACUCACUCCGGCCGCUCUUAUCUCCGGCGACGCCCGCCGCGAUGAAGGGCGCCGACCUGAUAAACGUGGCCCUCCCGGAGGAGCUCCUGGAGGACGUGCUCAGACGUGUCGGCGGCGAAAAGCUUGACCUGGACGCCUGCGCCCUCGUCUGCCGCCGCUGGCGCCGCCUCGACCGCGCCACGCGCCGGUCCGCCAAGCUCCCGGCAUCCGGGGUUCACGCGGACGAGGUGGUAGGCCUCUUCGUGGAGCGGUUCCCGGCGCUCGCAGACGUCUCCAUUGACGAGCGUCUCUCUGCCGACGCCGCCGUGGUCUCCGCUCCUGCGUCUAGAUCGCGCCGCCACGUGAUUAGCAGUAUCCCAUCUGGUAGCCGUAGCAGGAUGUCCCGGGUACCACGUUUUGCAGGGAUUUUAUUCCCAUUGCCAUCGGAACAGACACCCAGUGCUGAUGGGAUAGAGAGCUUUUGUUUAACUGAUGUUGGCUUAACUAGUCUCGCCAGAGGCUGCAAAGGGCUGGAAAAACUAAGUCUAGUAUGGUGUUCUGCCAUAUCUUCAACAGGCUUAGUGAGAGUAGCAGAGAACUGUAAGAAAUUGGCUUCUUUGGAUAUCCAGGCUUGCUAUAUUGGAGAUCCAGGACUAGUUGCUAUUGGGGAAGGCUGCAAUCUACUUAACAAUUUGAGCUUGCGCUUUGUUGAAGGCGCAACAGAUGAAGGCUUGAUUGGAUUAAUAAAGAGCUGUGGACAAUCACUGCUCUCUCUUGGUAUUGCUAAUUGUGCUUGGAUAACUGAUGCAUCUUUGCGUGCUGUUGGAUCCCACUGUCCUAACCUUGAAAUCCUGUCACUGGAAUCAGAACUUGUUAAGAAUGAAGGAGUGAUUUCUAUUGCUAAAGGAUGUCACUUCUUGAAAAAUUUGAAGCUGCAAUGUAUUGGUGCUGGCGAUGAGGCCCUAGAAGCUAUUGGUUCAUGCUGUUCAUUACUAGAGAUUUUAUCGCUAAAUAACUUUGAAAGAUUCACAGACAGGAGCCUUUCUUCCAUCGCGAAAGGGUGCAAGAAUCUUACAGAUCUUGUUCUCAAUGAUUGCCUGUUACUAACUGAUAGAAGCCUUGAAUUCGUAGCACGCAGCUGCAAAAAAAUAGCACGUCUUAAGAUCAAUGGUUGUCAGAAUAUGGAAACUGCUGCACUGGAGCACAUUGGACGAUGGUGCCCGGGCCUUUUGGAACUCUCUCUAAUUUACUGCCCAAGGGUCCGGGAUACUGCAUUUCUGGAGCUUGGUAAAGGCUGCACCCUUCUCCAGUCUCUUUAUUUAGUUGACUGUUCAAGAAUAGGUGAUGAUGCUAUGUGCCACAUAGCUCAAGGUUGUAAGUACUUGAAAGAAAUUUCCAUUCGACGUGGUUAUGAGGUAGGAGACAAAGCAUUGAUAUCAAUUGCUGAGAAUUGUAAAUUACUUAAGGAGUUAACGCUCCAAUUUUGUGAGAGGGUAUCUGAUACAGGGCUGGCUGCAAUUGCUGAAGGUUGCUCUCUUCAAAAGUUAAACUUGUGCGGGUGCCAAUUAAUCACUGAUAAUGGACUGGCUGCCAUUGCGAGAGGAUGUGGUGAUCUUGUCUUUCUGGACAUAAGUGUUCUCCCGAUGACAGGGGACAUGGGGCUGGCAGAGAUUGGCCAAGGCUGUCCCCAGAUUAAAGACAUUGCACUCUCGCACUGCCCAGGGGUCACCGAUGUUGGUCUGGGACACCUGGUCAGGGGGUGCUUACAGCUGCAGUCAUGCCAGCUGGUGUACUGCAAGCGAGUGACCAGCACCGGAGUGGCGACGGUCGUCUCGAGCUGCUCUAGGUUGAAGAAGCUCCUCGUUGAGGAGGCAAAGGUCAGUGAGAGGACACGUCGGAGGGCAGGACCCAUCUUAUCAUUCCUCUGCUCUGGGCUUUAGCUUUAGCUUGAAAAGAGAGGGAGAGAGAAAAAUGCUGUUGUAUAAAAGUCCUUUGUUUUACAAAGCGGCUGCAGCUUAAACCUUAACAGUACCUUGAGCAAAACAAAGAAAGAAAGAAAGAAAUUGUUGUAUGAAACUCAAAAGUGUUGAACCAUCAACUGUAUGAAUUCAGAGUGAUAAACGGAACAAGUCAAUUGAUGAAUUGUUUUGCUUGUGUA